GGUGAGCAAGGAGUGGACCACGACAGCGACAUGCGGAUUACCUCUCUCACCAUGGGAGCACCAGCUUUGGCAGUAUUGGUUGCAUUAAUUUGCUUAAAAGAGGCAGCUACCGAACCUAUAGCGCCUGUGAUUAUUCCUCUUCCCGUGGAAGACAAAACAAGCCAGACCUCAUAUAAUAUAGUUCAUGAAGCGGAAAGGCAAGACGAAGUAGAAGGAGAUCUGAAGACAAGCGAGGCUGUUACCCAUCAUCAUUACCACUCUGGACAUGUGGAUCAUGUACACAAACAUGAGGGUCAUGCACAGCAUGGUCACAAACAUCACGGACAUGCUGAGCACGAUCAUAAACAUGAAGGUCACGCCGAGCACGGACACAAACAUCACGGCCACGCUGAGCAUUCACACAAGCACACCGGUCAUGCUCAGCACGGACAUAAGCAUCAGGGUCAUGCGGAGCAUGGACACCACCACGGAGGAGAGUUCGGACACGGACACAAGCAUCACGGACAUGCCUCUCAUGAACAUAAACAUCACGGUCAUGCAGGUCACGAUCACAAGCAUCAUGGACACGCAUCACAUGAUCACAAACAUCACGGACAAGCCGAGCACGCACAUCAUCACGGAGGUGAGUUUGGACACGGUCAUAAGCACCAUGGGUCUGCCCAACAUUCUCACCAUCACGGAGGAGAGUUUGGCCACGGUCACAAGCACACUGGGCAUGCCGAGCACGGACAUCACCACGGUGGAGAAUUCGGUCAUGGCCACAAACACCACGGAUCUGCCCAACAUUCUCACCACCACGGAGGAGAGUUUGGCCACGGUCACAAACACACUGGACAUGCCGAACACGGACAUCAUCACGGAGGAGAAAUCGGACACGGACACAAACAUCACGGAUCUGCAUCUCAUGACCAUCAUCACGGAGGAGAGUUUGGCCACGGUCACAAACACAGUGGACAUGCCGAACACGGUCAUCAUCACGGUGGAGAAUUCGGUCAUGGUCACAAACACAGUGGACACGCCGAACACGGACAUCACCACGGAGGAGAUUUCGGUCACGGACACAAGCACCACGGAUCUGCUGCCCACUCACAUCAACACGGUGGAGAGUUCGGUCACGGACAUAAACAUCACGGAUCUGCCGGUCAUUCCCAUCAUCACGGAGGUGAUUUCGGACAUGGGCACAAACACCAUGGAUCCGCAGGGCAUUCUCAUCACCACGGAGGCAGUCUCGGACACGGACACAAACAUCACGGGUCGGCGAGUCACGGUCACCAUCACUCCGGACACGCUAGCCAUUCUCACCAUCACUCCGGCAGUGCAGCUCACGGACACCAUCACUCUACCCCCGAUGAUGGUGGACACGGAGGCGGCAGCGGAGGUCACCACGACUUCGAUGAUGUUUCCUAUUUCGCUGACGCUCGCCUUUUCGACAACGCUGCCGGUCAGGUGUUCGCUAUCCCCGCUGAAGCUCAAGCUCAAGUGGUCGCGAUUCCCGCUGAACCCGUGGUAGGGAUCCAACAACAACCGAUAGUCCAGCUUAUCCAACACCCUUGAGUAGUGUCUCAGGUCAACUCGUCCUUUCUUGACUACCGCUACGUUCGUCUCGAGUCAUUGGAAAUGUAGUAACUUAUUUAUUGUUGGCGCUGUGACGCUUGACCUCGUGUUUGCUUACAUUGUUACCUUAUUUAUUGUUAAAAGUGACUGAUUCACCCAUAUUUUUGUACUUUUGUA